AUGAGCGAAUAUCGCACUGUGAUCCUCCACCUUCUCCUCCUGGCAAUCUCUGGUUUCUGCAAAGGAGAAAGGCAGCUGCGCGGUUGGCUACCGGAGUUCUGUGUCUUUGCCGAUCAUGAGUGUCCCAACUCGCGGGUUACCUUCUGGCUGUAUACCAACCAAACCCGCAAUGAUCCCGUUCAAUUGGAUCCGCUUAAUCCUCGGCCAGACCUCUUCGAGCCUCGCUUGCCGCUAAAGAUACUUAUACAUGGCUUCAUAGGCAACAGGAGUCUGACGCCCAAUCUGGAAGUGAGGGAUGUGCUGCUCCAAACGCAGCCCGUCAAUGUGAUAUCCGUGGAUUACGAGACAUUGGUUCGAUGGCCCUGCUACUUUCCCUGGGCGGUGAAUAAUGCACCCAUUGUGUCCGAGUGUCUGGCUCAAAUGAUAAACAAUCUCCUAUCGUCUGGCAUCUACAGGCGAGAGGAGAUCCAUUUGAUAGGCUUCAGUUUGGGUGCCCAGGUGGCUGGCAUGGUGGCCAACUAUGUGAGCCAGCCACUAGCCAGGAUUACGGGUCUGGAUCCGGCAGGUCCGGGUUUCAUGACUCAGUUCUCGCUCCAACAAAAGCUAGAUGCCAGCGAUGCCGACUUCGUGGACGUCAUUCACACCGAUCCUUUCUUCUUUUCCAUGCUUCCGCCGAUGGGUCACGCCGAUUUCUAUCCGAAUCUUGACCAGCUCAACCAGCGGGGAUGCAGCUAUAUAAGUAACUGGAGGUUUUUCAAUUGUAAUCAUUACAGGGCGGCGGUCUAUUAUGGAGAAUCCAUUGUCUCCAGAAGGGGAUUCUGGGCGCAGCAGUGCGGCGGUUGGUUUGAUUUCUUCACGCAGCGUUGCAGUCAUUACUCGAAUAUGCCCAAUUCCCAGAUGGGCUACUUCGUCUCAGAGGAUGCCUCGGGCUCUUACUUUCUGAGCACCCACGAAGUUUCGCCGUUUGCCAAGGGACCACUUAUUGAUGUCGAAAUGGAUAUAGCUGAAUAUCGCAAAUCUGGCCAAAAUGCGGGAGUUGUGGCCGCUGCAGUGGCGGCUGGCCAAAACCAGACGCAGGUCUAUGUGACGGAAUCUUGUCUGCAGAAGCCGUACCGCUGUCCGCACCCGAAGAUCCAGUUCUACCUGUACACCCGGCGCACCCAGGAACAGCCGGAGUUCAUAGAUGUCCUAGAUGCCAACGCCCUUUACUAUACGCACUUCAAUCCGCGGCAUCCCACCAAGAUCAUCAUCCAUGGCUUUGGCGGCGGCAGAACUCUAAGUCCUAGCCCAGAUCUAAGGGAGGCCUACUUCAGUGUUGGCGAGUACAACAUAAUUAUCGUCGACUAUGCCGAUGCGGUCAAGGAGCCGUGUCUUAGCCAGAUGGACUGGGCUCCAAGAUUCGGCAGUUUGUGCAUCUCCCAGCUGGUGAAGUACCUCGCCCGGCAUCCUCGUGGCGUCCAGCCAGAUGAUUUGCAUUUCAUUGGCUACAGUGUGGGUGCCCAUAUCGCCGGACUGGUGGCCAACUACCUAAAGCCUGAGGAGGGCAAACUGGGCAGGAUCACCGCCCUAGAUCCAACGAUAUUCUUUUACGCGGGCGCAAAUAACUCUCGGGACCUGGACACAACCGAUGCUCACUUUGUGGAUGUGAUGCAUACCGGAGCCGGGAUUUUGGGACAGUGGCACUCCAGUGGUCAUGCGGAUUUCUACGUCAAUGGCGGCACUAGACAGCCCGCCUGUGUGGGAUCGGCGACCUUAUUCCAGACCUUGGCUUGUGAUCACACGAAGGUCACACCGUACUUCAUCGAGUCCAUAACCACGACCCGGGGCUUCUAUGCGGGUCCUUGUCCCAAUUUGUUCACCUACCUGAUAGGCUGGUGUGAGCCCAAGGACUCGGAGUAUGUGCUGAUGGGCGAGCACUGUUCCCACAAAGCUCGAGGGAACUACUACGUGACCACCAAUGCCAAGGCGCCCUUUGCUCGCGGCUUUCCGGGCAAGGGGCGUUCCAAUGGGGAGUACCAGGGAGUGCGGAGAUAAUGCUGAGCUCUAUAACCCAUUAGAUCGCUUCUAUUCAUUAGUGCAGGCGGUUUCUCAGAUUUCAUUUGAAUCACUUUGGUUGGCCGCCUGUAUUUCUGCAUCUUUUACA